AUGACAGCGGCGGUGGCAGCUGUUCAAACUGAGGCGGUCGGUAUGUUCUCACUCUUGAAGUUGAAGCCCACCACCUCGCUUCGGCCAAAUGCAGAUAUCUCUUUGGUAUUUGAUCGAAUCACGGAACUGAGCCAAUACGCCACAGUGCUGACUGGAAAGCUAUUUGCCUCUAUAUAUCAGAAUGACCCUGGUCGCCUAUCCCCUCUGGGUGAUAUUGAUGACAUGAUUCGACUGCAGUUCAUGCUAUCGGAAGAGAUCUCGCGGCUAUAUACUAUACUCCACCAUCAGGGGCAGUCUUCAACGCCCGUCUUAUGA